CAUAUGAAUAUAUUACAUCAGAAACGAGCAGCUACAGUAGUGGAGAUGCACAGUGUGAAGAUGAAAGCAAAUGAACAAGAGGAGAUAUGAAAGUUGAGCAAAAUCUUGCUGGCAUGAAACUAUUACAAAGACAUAUAUUAUAUAUUGCACUCACCCGUUAACGGGUGAAUGCAAGAGGAAGAGAUUGUCAGAUAAAGACAGAAGAGGUUAAGAGAUGAUAAUAGAUUUCAGCCUGUUUCCAACCAUCUUUCACCAGGCCACUGCUCAUCACCCUCCCACUCCUCUGAAACAGACACACACACACACACACACACACACAGGCCUGUCAAUAUUCAAUCUUCCAGCAGAUGUCAGUGUUCUACAUGUCAUGUUUGGUCAGAAGCUGUACAGUAUGUUGGGAGGAUAAGAAUAAUUAAUAAUAAUAAUGGAGGAAAAAAAAGAAUCCUGCAGUUUUGAAAGGAUUUUAUAUCAUCGGUUUAUAUUAGAGGUCAUCAUCAAUUCUGAUAAUUAGGAAACAACAUAAUUUAUUUUGACUAUUUCCUCUCCUGUUACUGUACUUGGGUAUGUUGGUGUGUUACAUUCCACUGUUUUGAUUUUCACGAUUUCUGUUGUGCUUGCAUGGGCAGCCAUUAGCUGACAUGUUGUGGUGGAUGCUUGGCAUAGAUUUAUGAUGGCCGAAGGUUAGGCUAUAUUGUGCAAAUAUGUCCAUACCAUAUCCAUUAUGUGCUCUUAUUCCAAGAUGACAACAACCUUAUACAAACACACACCGUCAUGAAGGCAGGAUCAAGUUGGCUACAGAGUGACUUCUCCUCAUUUUUAUUGAAAGUACAUUUUACAUCAACCCUCAAAGAUUUGGAUGCUUGGCUUCAUGAGGAAUAAUCAAGUACUCCACCACACACACUUCUGUAACAACUCUCUGUGGGAAGACUGAAGUUGUUUGCAAUGCAAAGGGUAACCUUCCUCAUUAUCAAGCACCUGAAGCUAUUUAUAUUGUGAGGUGUUUUUGUUUCACCCUCAGCUGCAUAUACUAUAAAUGUACAGACCUAUCAAUAGAAAGGCUAUAUAGAGUUAACUGAAUUUUUGCGCCAAGAUUAAAUUGGACGGGAUUAACUUGUUCCCAGACUGAGAUACAACAUAAUCCAAUAUAGAAUUAAACUUGAUAGUUCAUUUUAUUUCGGCUAUAUCUAAACAUAAAUAGUAAAUAGCUAAGUAAUAAACGUAUAGGUAAUAAGUGAGACUUUUGGGGAAAAUUGGAAUUUUGUAAGAGGAAACACCAGCAGUUGGUUUCUUAAUUCGUAAAUUAUAUAAAUAAAACUCCAGGUGUGUGUUUUAUUGCAAAUACCAGAUUUUAUAUAAAAAAAUUAAGAUGCACUUUGGCUGUGGAGAAACGCCAAUUAAAACUUAGAACAGCCAUUGUAAUAAAAAAAACAACUUCCUUGCAUGCAUGCCUUGCAUUUCAGACUAAAACUUCAGUCAUGGAAUACAAACGUGUAUUGCACAAUAAUCCCUAACAUUUAUUUUACAAUUCUAUUUUUUCACCAAGUUUAUCGUAAUGACUGUUUUAUCAUUUUAAAAUUCUGCUUGUUUGCAAACUGAAUGGUUAAUUAUUUCCAAUCGGCACUAUUGCACUGGAGGGGUGACUUCUCAGUUUCCGCUCUUAUUCUGAUGAGUUUGACGCAGGAUAGAAGAAUUGAUCUAAACUGCGCAUGCGUGCAGACUGAUGAGGCUUUAAUUCUACAUGAGCGCAAACGGAUUGUGCAGGUGAGUCCCAUGCGUUAUGAUUCGGGGGACAUACCUAUAUUGAUUGCAGUUUGUUUGUUUUUUUUUUUGGAGAAGCUGUUGAGAUUUCCCGGAGGCUCUGCAGGGCCAGACUGGUGACCAGCCCGCCAGCCCUGCACGGACACACGGCUCCCAGUUUGUGUCUGUCAACCUGCUGACUCGCAUCUUCUGCUGAUCGUCGCGUCAGGAUCCAGUGAUAACUUUACUUGGAAGCGAGUUCGGAUGUGGCAAGCAAACUGCAGACGAAUGCAUAAUUUAGCAAACUGGAUAUCCGGGACAGUGAUGGGAGGCUGUGUGGGGAGGAGUCGGAUGGAUGGACAAGGGAGUGCCCGAAGCUCGACAAGGAGCAAAAAACGUGGAGGACGCAAUGAGCCCCUCAAGAAGGAGCGUCCAAAGUGGAAGAGUGAGUACCCGAUGACGGAGGGCCAGCUGAGGAGUAAGAGGGAUGAGUUCUGGGAUACGGCUCCGGCCUUUGAUGGACGGAAAGAGAUCUGGGAUGCACUCAGAGCAGCAGCCCUGGCUGCAGAGUGCAAUGACCUGGAGCUAGCACAGGCUAUAGUGGACGGAGCCUGCAUUACUCUGCCACACGGCUCUCUCACAGAGAGUUAUGAUGAACUGGGCAACCGCUACCAGCUCCCAGCCUACACUUUAGCCCCGCCUGUCAACCUCAUCAGCGAAACGUCCAGUGAGAGCAAAGUUUCUGAAUCCACACAAAAACAAGCUCAACCCCCUCCGUGCAGACAAGAGUUCCAGCUGCGGGUGCGAUUGUCAUCAGGAAAGGAUGUGCGUCUGUCAGCCAGCAUGGCGGACUCCAUCGCUGAGCUAAAGAAACAAUUGGAAGAACAGGAAGAAAUUGACGUGACUCGCCAGAGGUGGUUCUUUUCCGGGAAGCUCUUGACUGACAGGACUCGUCUGCAAGACGCCAAGAUCCAGAAGGACUUUGUCGUCCAAGUGAUUGUCAAUGUGAACCCUUCAGUCAUAGCUAACUGAGGAGUGAGACAGAGAGCUAUGGAGUGAAGAAAAUAUAAAGGACGUGCCAGAGAGGGGUGCAGGAAUAGGAGUAGAGCUUGAAAUAAUUUUCCAGCUGGUAUUGCAGUGGAAUUUUGUGUAAAUUUUUAUAUAAGAAAUUAUUGCUUUUAUAUUGCUCCUUUUUGUAUGUUUUCCUUUUUCCAAAUGAAGUAUUGAAAAGCACUGAAACACUUUAGAUUAAAAGAUAAAGAUAAGAUGCACAUCCCACUGUCAGUCUGUCUGUCUGUCUGUCUGUCUGUCUAUCUGACAUCAACUCACAGCUCUAUUGUUUACACGGGUCCCCCCUUCUUGUCAUGCGUGUUUGUACUUGUGCUUAUUGAAAAACUGAAUAUGGUUCACCUGGGGAUCCGAAUAAGGAAAAUCCAUUUCUCUCUUUUUUCUUUUUUCAUGUGAUUUGAGAAGUAGGGUAAGAGUGUUGAGAAAAAGGAAAAUGUAAAUAACAGUUUCAAUAUGUGUUGUUUGGUCAUGUAACUAUGUGCAUACUAUAUUUUCAGUUCACAACUGUGUGUUCAUAAUAAAGACACAGAAUGUAAUGGAAGCACCUUUCUGAAAGGUAAUAAGAGAUGAUUAGAUCGUUUUUUUAUUUCAUCACUCCAAACAAGAUACUGUAGACUUCUGUACAAUAUGAUGCUCACUGUACUUGAAUAACUUAAAAAUAAAUAGUGUAAAUUUAAA